UUUCCAAUUAUUAACUGGAAAUGUUCUAGUCGAAAACCAAAACACCACUAGGUGAAUUGUCAUGUAAACCAGUCACUGCGGGAAAACUAAAAGCAGGUUAAGGAUCCGUGUGGGUAUAACAGUCAACACGGAUUUCCACACCCAGAUUAGCAGAAGAUGAUAAUAAAACAUAUACUGACUGCUGUGUUUCUAUGUCAACGGCAAAAGGGUGACUGAAAACAAUGCAAAUCCAGAAACUAUGUUGCUGUCCUAUCUCAGAGAUAGGUUGAGGUUGACUGGGACCAAGUAUGGGUGUGGAGGGGGAGGAUGUGGAGCUUGUACCGUCAUGGUUUCCCGCUACCAGCCUGGCACCAAGACCAUCCUCCAUUACUCCGCCAAUGCCUGCCUGCUACCAGUCUGCCAACUCCAGGGGGCAGCAGUCACCACCGUGGAAGGCAUUGGCAGCACCAAGACCAGGGUUCAUCCAGUACAAGAGCGGAUCGCCAGGGCCCACGGCUCUCAGUGUGGGUUCUGUACCCCAGGGAUGGUGAUGUCCAUGUACACAUUACUGAGAAACACACCGCAGCCCACCAUGGAGGACAUCAGAGAGGCUCUCGGGGGUAAUCUGUGCCGGUGUACAGGAUAUCGCCCCAUUGUUGACGGCUUCAGAACUUUCUGUCAGGAAUCGAACUGUUGUCAAGGCAACGGAAACGGUACUGCUGGAUGCUGUCUGGAUGGAGAAUCACCUCCAGAGAAAUCAGGGAAUGGGCUUCCACCGCAGCUGUUCGACCAGGGGGAUCUUCUUCCCCUGGACCCAACCCAGGAGCUCAUCUUUCCUCCAGAGCUCAUACUGAUGGCACAGACAGAGCCCCAGAUGAGUCAACGGUUCAUCGGGGAGAAUAUUGUGUGGAUCUCCCCUGUGUCCCUGGACGAGCUGAUCCAGCUGAAGGCCGACCACCCUCAGGCCCCGCUGGUCAUUGGUAACACCAACAUUGGCCCCGACAUCAAGUUCAAGGGUGCCCUGCAUCCCAUAAUAAUAUCACCUACCAGAGUCCAGGAGUUGUUUGCAGUCACCAGGACAGCACAGGGUGUGUAUAUCGGCGCUGGCUGCAGUCUUUCUGUGGUUAAGGCUCUUCUGGAGGGGCUGGUCCAGGAACUGCCAGAGGAGAAGACAGAGAUCUACAGAGCCCUACUGCAGCAGCUGGGGAACGUAGGAGGGCAGCAGAUUCGCAAUGUGGCUUCCAUAGGGGGCAACAUUGUCAGUGCAUAUCCAAAUUCUGACCUGAACCCGGUGUUGGCUGCUGGGAGUUGCAAGCUCUCAGUGGUGUCUAAAGGGGGAAGAAAAGAAAUCCUCCUGAAUAAAGAUUUCUUGGUGGGGUUUGGAAAAACCUCUCUGAAACCAGAUGAGAUUGUCUUGUCCGUGUUCAUCCCCGUGUCUAGAAAGUGGGAGUUCAUGGGAGCGCUGCGCCAAGCCCCCCGAAAGGAGAACGCCCUGGCCACGGUGACCUCCGGGAUACGGGUCAUGUUCACAGAGGGCUCCAGCGUGGUGAAGGAGCUCAGUAUCUGCUACGGGGGUGUGGGGCCGUGCACCGUCAGUGCCAGCAGGACGUGUGCUGCGAUCAUCGGAAGGCCAUGGAAUGAGCAGACUCUGAGUGAAGCUUACACAGUGCUCCUGGAUGAGAUAUCCCUGUCCCCGUCCCACCCUGGAGGGAAGGUGGACUUCCGCAGGUCUCUAACUCUCAGCCUCCUCUUCAAAUUCAACCUGCAGAUUCUUCACAAGCUGUGGGAGAUGAAUGUGAUCAAAGAGGACCUAUCAGAAGAGAUGAGCAGUGGGAUACGUCCUCUACCAAACCAGCUGCAGCCGGGAAUACAAGUCUUCCAGCCAGUGGUGAACGGCCAAAGUGUUGACGACCAAGUCGGUCGGCCUGUCAUGCACCAUUCAGCCAUCAGUCAGGCAACCGGUGAGGCUGUCUACUGUGAUGACAUCCCCAAGACGGACGGAGAGCUGCACCUCGUCCUGGUCACCAGCACCAGGCCACACGCUAAGAUCCGAGGCAUUGAUGUCACUGAGGCCCUCCAGGUCCCGGGGGUGGUGGAUGUCAUCACAUCUAAAGACAUCCCAGGGAAGAAGUUCAGGACGUUUACAGGCGUAGACGAGGAACUGCUGGCUGAAAAUGAGGUGUCGUGCGUCGGCCAGAUGGUGUGUGCGGUGAUUGCUGACACCAGAGAGCAGGCUAAGAGAGGUGCGGCUGUGGUGAAGAUCCACUAUGAGGAUCUACCGGAGCCUGUGUUCACCGUGGAGGAGGCCAUGGAGAAGAAGUCCUAUUUUCAGCCCCAGAGGACGAUCGAGCGAGGCAAUGUGACUCAGGCUUUCGAAGAGGUCGACCAGGUUUAUGAAGGCGAGAUUCGUCUUGGCGGUCAGGAGCAUUUCUACAUGGAAACACAGAGCAUGGUGGUGGUACCUUCUGGAGAAGACAGGGAGCUCAGGGUUUAUCUCUCCUGUCAACACCCAACAUAUGCGCAGGAAUCCAUCGCAGAAACUCUCGGGAUUCCUUCAAACAGGGUGUCCUGUCAUGUCAAGAGAGUUGGAGGGGCGUUUGGAGGGAAAGUUACUAAAACGUCUGCCAUUGCCUGCAUCACCUCAGUGGCGGCUUGGAGGAGUGGCCGGGCGGUGCGUUGUGUUCUGGAGAGAGGAGAGGACAUGCUGAUCACGGGCGCUCGCCAUCCUGUCCUGGGCCGAUACAAGGUGGGCUUUAUGAAUGAUGGGAAAAUAAUCGCUGCUGAUCUACAUUAUUACGCCAACUCUGGAAACACUGCAGAUGAGUCUGUGUUGGUGGUAGAGAAAGUCCUCCUUCACCUGGAUAAUGCGUACAAUGUGCCCAACCUGCGAGGCCACUCUGUGGCUUGUAAAACCAAUCUUCCGUCCAACACGGCCUUCCGGGGGUUCGGUGUGCCCCAGAGCAUGCUGGUCACUGAGAACAUGAUCAACGACGUAGCCAUGAAGUUGGGCCGCAAUGCCGAAGAGAUCCGUGAGAUCAACAUGUACAAGGAGGUGUCCCUGACGCACUACAAGUUUCAGUUUGAUCCUAAGAACCUCCUGCGUUGCUGGGACGAAUGCAAGGAAAAGUCUGACUACGACAGCAGACGCCAGGCCGCAGGUGAGUUUAACCAGAAGAACCGCUGGAAGAAGAGAGGCCUGGCAGUCAUACCCAUCAAGUAUGGCAUCGCAUUCUCAGAAGGCUUCCUUAACCAGGCUGCUUCUCUGGUGCACAUCUACAAAGACGGCUCAGUGUUAGUGAGCCAUGGCGGGACAGAGAUGGGCCAAGGAAUACACACUAAAAUGCAACAGGUGGCGAGUAGAGAGCUACACAUCCCCACCUCUUUCAUCCACAUCACCGAGACCAGCACCAGCGCCGUGCCCAACACUUGCCCCUCCGCGGCUUCCUUCGGCACGGACGCCAACGGCAUGGCCGUGAAGAACGCCUGCGAGACUCUGUACCGGAGACUAGAACCCGUCCGGAAGCAGAACCCCACGGGUACGUGGGAGAGCUGGGUUAAGAAGGCUUUCCUCCAGAAGAUCAGUCUCUCCGCUACGGGUUACUACAGGGGUCAUGACCUGUAUAUGGACUGGGAGAAACAGGAAGGACAGCCGUAUGCCUACUUCACCUACGGAGCCUGCUGCAGUGAAGUGGAGGUUGACUGCCUGAGUGGAGACUACAGGACUGUGAGAACAGACAUCGUUACGGAUAUUGGAAGGAGCAUAAACCCUUCUGUGGACAUCGGCCAAAUUGAGGGCUCUUUUAUUCAGGGCCUGGGUCUGUACACCAUGGAAGAGCUCCAGUUCUCUCCGUCAGGGGUGCUGCUCACACGCGGCCCAUCCCAGUACAAGAUCCCUGCCAUCUGCGACAUUCCUCUGCAGUUCAACGUCUACCUGCUGUCAGACUCUGACAACCCACACGCCAUAUACUCAUCUAAGGGCAUUGGAGAACCUGUGCUGUUCCUGGGUAGCUCAGUGUUCUUUGCCAUAAAAGAUGCAGUGGCAGCUGCCCGCGCGGAGGCAGGCAUGGAUGGGCCCUUCACCCUGGAUAGCCCAGCCACUCCAGAGAGGACCUGUCUGGCUUGUAAUACUGACUUUACUCAGAAGAUUCCCCCCAGCAGGCCUGGAUCAUUCAAACCAUGGGCUUUGAAUAUUCCCUGAAUAAUCAGUGUGUUACAUUAUAUUAAACUAUCAAAAAGGUAUUCAUCACUGCUAUAAAGAAUGACCUAAAAUGAUAUAUUUUGCAUAAUGACUAUUAACAUUUAUACCUUGUAUGAUUGUAUUACUUUAAAUAUCUACAUACAGGUACUUCUGAAAUACAGAAUAAUCCCUAAUGUGUGAAGUUAAUACUUAUCUAAAAAAAAAAAUAUUGUCUCAAAUGAAAUUGGUUGAUUUGUGGCCAACGUGAAUAUGUGAAAUGUCAUGUGUGCCUGUGUAAUUUACCUUUAUAAAUAAAUGUUACUCUUCUCAACAAA